ACCACUCCUACUUCCUGAGCCCACCGGCGGCGGCUCUCCUGCAGCCGGCAGCCACGAGACAACGGCAGGGGCCAGCGAUGGCGACGGCGGAGAACAAGAGGCCUCGGAGCAGCGGCGGCGUGGAGAGGCCGCCGAGUAGGAAGGAGAUAUUGGGGAGGAAGAAGGCCAUCAAAGAACUUAUAAGGAAAGCUGUAGCUGUGAAGGAUCAUCUUGCGCAGUUCCCGGAUUUUCAUAAAUACGAGCGAAGUGGUUUUUCGAUCUACUUGGAGUCUGGGCAUGGCAAUCAGCUUUCAGUGCCAACGAGGAAGUACAUCCAAAAUCUUCUCAAGGCUAACAUGAAGGGAACUUAUGGAUCAGAAUGGCCUUCAGAAGAGAAAAUUAAGCGCCGGGAAAUGGUUGCCCCAGAAGCACGAUAUAUCCUGAUCUGCCAAUAUGCAGACAGUGAUAUUGCCAAAUGUUUCAUGAAGCAAGAUUCAGGGGUGGAAUGUGCACAUGUGACAUGCCGUGGAGGCCGCUUGCUUGGUUUUGUACACUACAGAUUUGUUGUUGAAGAGGAUGUGCCUGUUCUUUAUGUGUAUGAGCUACAAUUGGAGUCUUCUGUCCAAGGGAAGGGGCUGGGGAAGUUCCUAAUGCAGUUGAUUGAACUUAUAGCUUGCAAGAGCCAAAUGGAGGCCGUGAUGCUAACAGUUCAAAAAUCUAAUACAGAUGCUAUGGCUUUCUACAACAAUUUGGGAUAUGUAAUAUCCAGUACCUCGCCAUCACGAGUGGAUCCACUGAUUGGAAUUCAUAGAAGCUAUGAGAUCUUGUGCAAGACAUUUGAAUCUGAAGCCAAGUGCAAAUUGGAGGAAGGCAACUAAUGCACGGGGGAGCACAACACGACUUUGGUUGCAUAACAAGCUCUGGCGGGAUGCGACAGCCCAUGUUUUUGUGAUUUAUUUGGAGUAGUGCAGGAUGUUUGGUUUUAUAUCUUCAGAGCCAAGGUUUGCCGUACCAAACUUGUGAAUAUUUGUUCCAUUGGCAACUUUGACCAUAUUUACCUACCAUUAAUUAGUUUUGAUGGCAAAAUUUUGGUUUGGUCGUGUUUUCUUUGGCUCCCUGUUUAAUUUCUAGAGCCAAAUUUGGUUAGUUUAUCAAUGAGUUUUAUCUGAAACUAUUUUGCUGAUACACUUUAGGAAACAAGCACGAUGGUCCACCACAUCUGAUGUAUAUGGGGUAGACUUGGUCUAAGUUAAAGAAGUGAACAUCGGACCAGUACACAAGUUGUUUCACAUAGCUGAAGAGAUUCACAUAUAACAAGUUCUCAAUGGUGCAUUGCUCAGUUCACGGUGCAUCCUAGCGCUUUCUCCUUGGGGCUCUCUUCCCCUUGGCAAUCGUCGCGCCGGGGCUCCAGUUGAUCUCCCCUUCCUCUAGCUCCCCCUCCUUGUUCUCCUUCUCCCUGGAUGUGGCAGCAGCAGCAGCAGCAGCAAGGGCCUGUGACCGUUUGAACCUGAGAAUGAGCCUCUUGCGUGGCGGCAGGUCCUCCUCCUUGAUAUUCUCCGUGUCGUCGUCGACUUUGGCCUUGGCCUUGCUAACGCCGUGCUCGCUACGGAGCACCCCACACCUGGCACACAUGUACUUUCU